CCGUGAGUUUGCCUCAACCUCUUGUCACAUCUGAUCAUGCCUUUCCAGCGGUGACGCCCUCUGUGAGAAAUGACACGUCUGGGCGAAGUUCCAUCCCGACCGUCAUAACAUCACAAGAAGUGAUCUGCCUGCAUAACUUAAUUGCCGCCCACAAUGCAACAGCAUGUCAUGGACUGGAAGUGUCGGAGGUACUCAAGCUCAUAGCACUUUUCACAGAAAAUCUAUACCAUCAUCCUCCAUCGUCUCUUAGUAGCCUACCACGUACGCAACCAUGCCCCGACCAGAAGGCUACGCCUCGAUGCAAUUCGACCAAGUCGAAAGCACCGGAAAACAAGUAAUAGUCGAAUGCCGGCACUGCAAAAGCAAGCGUCUCGCCCGCAGUGUCGCAAGCAGAAAAGUCAAGCAUCUUCAACAAUGCGUAGACUUUCAUCGUUAUCUGGCCGAGCUGGCUGCAAACAACGAUGAAGAAUUGAACGAUGUACCCGAGGAACUUCUUCACGGACCGCAAAGAAGAACAGCUACGUAUAGUGGGAAUGGCAAUGGUGGAUACGUCACACAGCAAACACCUCAGCGAAGACAGUUUGACGUUUCAUUGCCGACAUUACUGGAUGGAUUGGAUACUGUAAGGAGAGAAGAACUCUCUACCCCUCUCGACGAUAUUCGUGACUACAACCGUAGUCUCGAGACUGAUACGCCCAUGAACGAUGUCUCUGCCCCUUCGCCAACAGCGCCAGCAACGGCACCUCCACCUCGUGCUCGGCCUCAACCCCACAACAAUCAUCCAGAGUCGGUGCCUGAGCGAGCAGUAGCAUUCGCCCACCGUGCCGCUCACCGAAGAAAGGAGAAACUGGACAAUGUACUGACAAGAGCAAUCUUUGAGGGAAGCCUGCCGUUCAACAUCUCAGAUGCGGCGAGACAUCCUGCAAUGGCAGAGUUCUUCAGAUUGGUGGACUAUGUUCCACCGAACAGGCAUAGAAUCGCAGACGACGUAUACGAUCAUACACAUGACCAAAGUGACGAGAUAAUCCCCUACACUUCAUAGAGUAUGUAGAAGUUGAAUUCACUCAUUACCAAGGGCAAGAG